GAACUUCGAGCGAGAGUACUUCGCUGUGUGACAUCACUACGAUUGUUUAGGCCGAUAGUCAUCAUUGUCUUACUGUACAAUUAGUGUUAAUAUUUUAUUAUACUUACUAUAUUUGAUAGGCGUAGUAAAGACUGAGCAGGGUAGAAUAAUUUAAUUUUUAAAUUUUAUAUAAUUAUUAGGAAUAAAGUCUAGAAUAUAAUGGCAAACUUUAUUGCUUUACCAUUAAAGAAAACAUCUGAAGUAGACUUAGUUCAACCUUUGAAAAACGUUAUAGCGUCUUACUUUAGCACGGCCGAUGAGCCAGUUGAUUGUAAUGAAGCAUUGAAAGAAUUAAAUAAACUCCGUAUGAAUUCUACAUGGAGAACGCUGGACAAAAAUGAAAACUCGUUGCAAAUAAUGUGCAGAUACUAUGAUCAGAUAACUGCUCUUGAUGGAAAGAUCACACCCUCGGAUAUCCAAAUCCCUUUUCGAUGGAAGGAUGCCUUUGACAAAGGAUCUUUUUUUGGUGGAUAUACUAGUCUUACAUUGUCAAAUCUAACUUAUGAGAGAGUGUGUAUUCUCUUUAACAUAGCUGCAAUGCAAAGCCAGAUUGCAGCAAGCCAGGGAAAUGAAUUUUCUAAUGAUGGGGCACUUAAAUCUGCAGCAAAAUACUUCCAACAAGCAUGUGGAAUAUUUCAGCAUCUGAAAAACACAGUUAUGUCCAGCAUUCAGCAGGAACUUACACCAGAUAUUCAACCUGACACUCUUGGAGCUCUUCAAGCUCUCAUGUUAGCAGAAGCACAAGAAAGUUUUUUCCAUAAAGCAGCUGCAGAUAAAAUGAAAGAUGCUAUUAUUGCCAAAGUGGCAUCGCAGUGUGAAGAAUUGUAUGCAGAUGCACUGAAACAGUUACAAAAAGAAUCCUUGAAACAUCUAUGGGAGAAAGACUGGAUAUUAAAUGUAGCAGGAAAACAAGCAGCUUUUCAUGCUGUUGCUGAAUAUCACCAAGCUCUUGUUUGUAAAAGCAAGAAGGAAGUUGGUGAGGAACUAGCAAGACUGCAACAUGCCAGUGAGUUGAUGAAAACUGCAGAAACUCGUGGAGGGACAGCUUUUAAUUUCAGCGAUUAUGUUGGAAGAAUUAACCACUCUUAUCAAGAGACUAAAAAAGAUAAUGAUUUCAUUUAUCAUGCUCGUGUUCCCGACUUAAAAUCAUUGCAACCCAUUGGAAAAGCUGCACUAGCAAAACCAACGCCCUUUUCUGAGAAAUUGAGCUCAAAUUUCCAGGAUUUGUUUAGUGCCCUAAUGCCUGUCCCUGUCACUCAAGCAAUUCAAACUUUUGAUGUUCGAAAAACUGAGAUAGUAAAUCAAGAGAUAGGAAAAAUGAGAGAACAAACUCAAAUUAUGAAUGGUAUUCUAGCUUCUUUAAAUCUUCCAGCUGCCAUUGAAGCUUCAUCUGGCAAUACCCUACCCCAAUCAUUGAAAGAAAAAGCUAAAGCUGUUUCUGAUACUGGUGGGAUCCAAACUAUUUAUAAGUUAAUUGAAGAGCUUCCAACUCUAUUGCAGAGGAAUAAGGACAUACUGAAUGAAUCUGAACAAAUGCUGAAUGAGGAAGAAAUGUCAGAUAAUCACUUACGAAACCAGUUCAAAGAAAGGUGGGCACGUACACCUUCAGAAAAACUUAACCAGCCUCUAAAAACUCAAAUAAGCAAAUAUAGUGAAAUUAUAAAUAAUGCUGUUAAAGCAGAUGCUGUUGUCAAGGAGAAAUUUAAUAAGCACAAGAGUUCUAUUGAGCUUCUCGGUUUAUCAGAGGCUGAAAUUUGUAGCAGGCUAUCAUCUGGUGGUCCAGUAACUGCACUAGAAAACAGCCCAAGUGUUCAAGAACUGAGACGUUUGAUGCAAGAUGUAGAACAAAUAAAAUCUGAAAGAGAAGUGCUUGAAACUGAGUUUAAAAGUACCACUGUAGACAUGAAAGCAAAAUUUAUUGAUGCACUAGCUCAAGAUGAAGCAAUAAAUGAACAGUCAAUUUCUGCAGAAACUCUCAAUGAGUUGUUUGGUCCAUUACAAAAGAGGGUUCGGGAAAAUGUUGAUCAGCAGGAAAAGAUAAUUGCAGAGAUUCAGCAGGUCAACAGCACAUUCUGUCAAGAAAGGCAAAAUGAUCAAACCUCGUGCAAUAGAGAAACAAUUAUGAAGGACUUGGCUGCAGCCUAUGAUGCAUACAUGGAAUUGACCAACAACCUUAAAGAAGGUACCAAGUUCUACAAUGACCUGACACAAUUGCUUGUUAACUUUCAAAACAAGGUUAGUGAUUUUUGUUUUGCACGUAAAACAGAACGAGAUGAACUGUGUAGGGAACUUCAACAGAGUAUUGCCAACAAACCAGUCGAAUCAGCCCCUUCGCUACCCACCCAUCAUUCUUCUGAAAGGAAGGAACUACCAGCAAGACCACCACCUCCACAGGCCUCACCUCAAAAUUCAUUUAUACCUGUUUCAGCUCCAUAUCCUGUUCAGGGUAACGUGCCACAGCCACAAGCUCCAUCUUGUAUGCCUUAUCCACAGUACCCACACUAUCCUGGUUAUGCAACAGUUCCUAUGCCUGGAGGUUACAAUCCUUACAGCUAUGGUCAACAACCUGGUAUGGCCCCUGCCUAUCCACCAGCUCCAACUAGUUACCCACCCUUUGGUCAAUAUCCAAGUUAUCCCCCAUACUCUGGAAGUUAUCCAUAUCCCAACCAGCCCUGGAAUCCACAGAGAUAAAGAAUUAGUCGAUAAUUCGAAGUUUGCAGAAACGUUCAAUCCUAAAAAUGUACGUAAAUCACAAACAUUCUGAAGACCAGAAGAGUUUGCAUCAUUAUUGUUUUUAAGAUAACAAUGUAAUAUUUUAAUAGUAUUUCUAUUGAUUUUUUUGUCGUAUUAUGAUUUUGCUCAGUAAAGAAAUUAACUUUCUUUUUAUCUAUUUAGAGUUUUAUUUUUGUUUAAUUCUUGUAAACGAUCAGUUAUUUACAG